AUCUCCUCUGCUCGUAGACAGCGUUGUGGACGAUUCCCAGUUUCCACGAUUUGAAGUCAGAUUCUUCAUCGUUGUCAGCAUUAAGGAGUGUAUUUGAAAUGGCUGGGGGAUCAAAGAGCUCUAAAAAAGCAAGACUUUAUGACACUGAAUCAGAACACAUAAGCGACCAAGAACACCUUUUGGUGGAAGGCGAGAAUGAAGAUUAUGAGUUACCUGAUGGAAUAGAGGAUGAUGAAGAAGGAGAUAUCAUGGAAGAUGAUGAGGUAGAGAGUGAGAAAGACGACAAGGGAGAUAGUGAGGAAGAUAACAAUGAAAAUGAGGAUGGAGAAAGCGAUGCAUUUGAUGAUGGAGAUGAGGAAGAAAGUGAGAGUGGCGAUAAUGACAAUAAAGAUGCUGAGGUCGAAGAGCUUGAGAAACAAUACUUGGAGCUGCGAUCACAAGAAGAGGAUAUAUAGAAGAACUUAAAGCGUGAUAAGUGUGAGGAUGAAGCUAAAGGUCAAGCGUUGAAGAACCAGAAGGCUCUUUGGCAUAAGACGCUGGAGUUCAGAUUUUUACUUCAGAAACCAUUUAGUAGCUCAAACAGAUUGCCACAGGAGUCUAUCAAAUCGUCUUUUUGCUCGGAAGAUGAGAAGGUCUCAACAUCAUAUACAGAUCUAAUCGUUUCAGCUAACAAGACAUUAGAUUCCCUCUUGUAGUUGCAAGAGACUUUGCUUGAGAAGAAUCCCUCAGUUGAUCAACAUACUUUGAUGCGUUCUUUAUCCAAUAAAUCAGAUGCAGAAGAUAGCGAUGGAUGGCAACGAAUAUCUGACUUGCAGAAAAGAAUGUAUGUGUUCCGAAACAAGGCUGUGGACAAAUGGCAGAGAAGAACACAAGUUACAACUGGUGCAGCUGCUACUAAAGGAAAGCUUCACGCUUUUAACCAGAACGUUAGUGAACAGGUUGCUUCUUACAUGAGGGAUCCAAGUAGAAUGAUUAAACAUGUGCAACAAUCAAGAUCUGCUGUUGCUGUUUUCGGAACUGUCCCUGGGGAAACCAUGGGACCAAAUCAAGAGGAAAAACAACUUCAAGGAGACCCUGAACUUGUGGAGGAUGCUGAAUUCUAUCAGCAAUUGCUAAAGGAGUUCUUUGAGACCAUCGUUCCAGCUUCCUCCGUGGCGGCUUUCUACACGAUGAAGCAAUUUCAGACAAAGAAGAGAAAAGUUGUGGAUAGGCGUGCUUCUAAGAGCCGAAAGAUUAGGUAUAAUGUUCAUGAGAAGAUUGUCAACUUCAUGGCUACACGACCAGCGAAGAUUCCCUCAAACACUGCGGAUUUGCUGAUGAAUCUGUUCGGUCUCAAGACCAGAAAGGGCCUGUGUGAAGCAUAAUAUUAACAAACCUCAGUUUUGAAACUCAAGAAUAGUUCGACUUAUUUUUUUUUAAUGUGUUGUGUUGUAAUACAAGAUUCUUAGUGAAAGACUCAGAAGAAUUCAUUUUCGUCUAUCAAACAUCGUUUCUUAGUGGAAAAAUAGUAUUGGUCCAGGCCAUUUCGACAUACAUAUUUUCAAUACUUAGAUUCAUUUGUAUGUUAUACUUAAAUUAAAUGUUAACA